UUUUUCACGUUAAUCGUAAAAUGGCAAGUCCUGGUGAAGCAAUUUUAGCUCUUCAUGGAAAGCGUACAACAGGUCAAUCAAUUCGAACACAAAAUGUUAUGGCGGCUGUUGCAAUUUCAAAUGUUGUCAAAUCAUCAUUAGGGCCUGUGGGACUUGAUAAAAUGCUUGUGGAUGAUGUUGGAGAUGUAACCGUUACUAAUGACGGAGCUACAAUUUUAAAGCUUCUUGAGGUUGAGCAUCCUGCUGGCAAAAUACUUGUUGAUUUGGCACAAUUACAAGAUGAAGAGGUUGGCGAUGGAACUACUUCUGUUGUUGUUGUUGCAGCUGAACUUUUGAAGGCCGCAGAUGAAUUGGUUCAGAAGAAGAUUCAUCCAACGAAUAUAAUUAAUGGAUACCGUUUAGCUUGUAAAGAAGCUAUUCGUUAUAUGACUGAAAAUCUCUCUUUUCCUGUCGAGGAAUUAGACAAAGGAUUAAUUAUUAAAACAGCAAAAACUUCAAUAUCUUCUAAACUUAUUGGAUCUGAAUCUGAUUUCUUUGCUGAAAUGUGUGUCGAUGCAGCAAUGGCUGUUGAACGAACUGACAGAUCUGGCAAAGUUACUUAUCCUAUUAACACAAUAAAUGUUUUAAAAGCGCGUGGGCAGUCGAGCAAAGAAAGUUUGCUUAUUAAAGGUUAUGCUCUUAAUUGUACUAGAGCAAGUGAAGCUAUGCCAAGAAAAAUAUUAAACGCUAAAAUUGCUUGUCUAGAUUUUUCUCUUCAAAAAACUAAAAUGCAUCUUGGUAUUUCUGUUGUAGUUGAGGAUCCAUCAAAAUUGGAAGCUAUUCGACGAGAGGAAUUAGAAAUAACAAAAAGAAGAGUUGAAAAAAUAAUAAAAUCUGGAGCAAAUGUUAUUUUGACUACUGGAGGUAUUGAUGAUUUAUGUCUUAAACAGUUUGUUGAGGCUGGAGCUAUGGCUGUGAGACGAUGUGCUAAAAAUGAUUUGAAACGAAUUGCUAAGGGUACAGGAGCGACUUUAACUUCUUCUCUUGCUACACUUGAAGGGGAUGAACUUUUUGAAAGUUCUUUACUUGGAAAUGCUGAGGAAGUUGUUCAAGAACGAGUUUCUGAUGAUGAAUUGAUUUUAAUUAAAGGAACAAAAGCUAAAUCUUGUGCUUCGAUUAUUUUGAGGGGUGCAAAUGAUGUUAUGUUAGACGAAAUGGAAAGAAGUGUGCAUGAUGCCUUAUGUGUUGUUAAACGAGUACUUGAAGGGAAGAAAUUAGUAGUUGGUGGUGGAGCUGUUGAAACAGCACUUGAUGUCUAUUUGGAGAAUUUUGCUCUUAAUUUGACAAGUAGAGAGCAAUUAGCUGUAGCAGCAUUUGCUGAUGCUUUGUUAGUAAUUCCUAAAACUUUGGCAACAAAUGCAGCACAGGAUGCAAUUUCUUUACUUGCAAAACUUCGUGCUUUUCAUAAUAAAAGUCAAAAUGAUAAAAAAUUUGAGGAUUUGAAAUGGUCUGGACUUGAUUUAGUUGAAGGAAUUGUUCGUCAAAAUAAAGAUGCUGGAAUAUUUGAACCAUUAAUUAGCAAAGUAAAAAGUUUAAAAUUUGCAACAGAGGCAGCAAUUACAAUUCUUCGAAUUGAUGAUUUAAUUAAAUUAAAUAAAGUUGAUAAGAAAGGAAGGGAUGAAGAUGAAUGUGAAUAA